AUGUCUUUGAGCAGACAUGCCUGUCGGCAUGCUCUGAGGCAAGCCGGUAUUCCGACAACGGAUCAUCCAUGGGUUAGCGAUGAUUUAAUUGCGGCUGCUUUUUGUCGCUUUGCACACGGCCAGCGUCGCCAUGGCAGCUCUGUUCCCGGCCCGCUGGAAGCACGAAGGCGCCUUGCGAAGCGUCGCAACACUGCUCUGGCUGGAGUUGGAGGUGCUGAGGAUAUUGCGUGUCUCUUUGGCCGCAAUGGCAGAGAACAUAUGAAAUGGACCGAUCAUCCGUGGCAGCGAUCGCCCAUCGAAGUUCCGGAUAGGAACAACUACGCAGUUGCGACCCAUGAGAUCACUCUCCCCUUUUACGACCACAAUCCCGAUCCGAUCAUUCCCGAGAGCAACUCACCCUCUCCCGGAGAAGAGCCACCGACUGUAGCCCAGAGAUUCGAACAAUUCCUCGAAAAGAACGACUGGACGCCUGAGUAUGCCAAAGACUUCACUCGUCGCUUAGGUAUUGACCUGCAGAGAGAGCCUGAAUACAGCCGGCGGAUUUUCGAACAUCUUCUUUCCCGCCCCACUGCAGACUUGACGCAAGCCAUUGACUUUCUUGACGACCCAUUCCUGAAUACUAGGGGCUCUGGAAAUUACCUGAGAGUUUUGCAGACUUUAAAACGAGCAAAAACGCCAUCGAGCCGUACAGCAGUCUUGAAAGCAGUGACCCGGGCUCUCGAGCUAGGCCUGGUCCCAACAGACGAGCUUUGUUUAAUCCUGCAAGCGCUGCCACUGAUACUUAUCGGCAAAAGAAAAACACUGGGGAAGGGUGGCAGAAAAAUGUUGCACGAGUACUAUCAUGCCAUGUGGACAGCCAUUGGACGUUGCACCAUUCUGGGGUAUCACGACCUGGACAAAGAUGUCGUGGAUAUCUGGAUUCAAGAACUGUUGAGCGCUGAUAUCAUGUCCCUGGCUGAGGAAAUGGUCAUUCAAACCCAUGAUGCCAACUCUAGUAGCCAGUGGCCAACGGCCUUAGUAUUGUCGUCUUUAGAGCGAGACAAUGAGCUCGCGAAAGGUGUACCUCGGCAGUCCCCUGGACGUUUGCUGAGCCAACUUGAGCCGAACUGUGCAGCAAAGUGCAUCGUGGAUGUCACGGAAUUGCUAGCUCUUAGUGCAAGGCACGAAAAUAGAGACCGCGUGCUCAGGCAGUGGCAGGAUUCUUUGCUCGAAGUGUCGUCCGCGGAAGCUAUUGCGGGUUCUCCAACUUGGACCGAUCUGCCUCUGGCAUACCUGUCAGACUUCUCCUCUUCAUCGCGAAUGCAGAUCCAACGACAAAUUGUCUGCCGCCUCUGGGCCUUGCGUACUUUGAGUCGAUCUUUGGGACCCAUGCAUAUGAAAGGCCUCCGGGCCACAGAUCCAUCGGCCUAUAUCCUACUUCAUCUCUACGAGUCCGUGACUCAUGAUACGGAAGGGUCGUUCUUGGCGAAUUUCCUUUCUGGGAUUCAUGACCUUCAGCUCCCGUAUAACGGACUCUUAUUGCUAGCCACUGAUCUUAAGUUGAGAAACACGCUUCGGAAGGCAGGUCGCAACACACUCGUCCAGUUGGAAACCUCUCAAAUCUCCCUUGCAUGUGUUUGGGAAGAUCCAGCCAUGCACAAAGGCGUACAGAACCUGUUCCACGGAUCGUUCGAAAAAAUGAUUCGUCGCAUAGAUCCUACGAGCCCCAUUUUUGUGGCUGAGCUUCUCGAGAUUGCCCGCACGGGCGACUCCGAAAAAGCAUGGUCCAUCAUCCGGCUUCUCAAAAGCCACACUGCCUUCAAAAUCUGCCUCAACAAGGCCUGGACGCCACUUCCAUGCCCAGAAGAGAAGAUCCUCGUGCGCUACCAUCCAGGGCCCCGCGAUAGCCGGUACCCCGAUCCCUAUGUCGCCGCCGAUUUGAUCCAUCAACUUGCCGUCGCAUUUUCUUGUUGCCCGAAACUAUCCCCUUCCCGGGCUUUCACCCUUGUGCACUGCCUUUACGAUUACUUGCGUCGGCACGGUGGGCCUGUAUAUCCGUCGCUGGUACGAGCCAUGUAUCAUGCCGGCAUUGUGCGUUAUCGGCGGGAGGGGCUCCGGGUUUCUGCCACUCGGUAUGAGUAUAUCAUGUGGAUUACUAAUAAGUUUGAGGGGAUCGAUGUUGUUAGGCAGCUUAAUGCGGAUCCUCAGUUGGCAUCGGUGGAGAUUCCGACUUAUGAAACAUGA